CCCUUCAGUCCACAGGCCAACGCUCUAUCCACUGAGCCAAACUGGUUAGGGCAAGGAGGUAUCAUUUUUUAUAUUGCAUUAAAACAAGCAUGAGUAUAUAAUUGACUCAAAAACAAAUUUGCAUACACCUUUAGUAUAAAAGUAAGAGACUUCAGAGAUAUCUUGAGCCGCGCUCCCAGAUCCUCCUCACGCAGAGAGAAAGUAGCAAAGCCUCCAGGUCUUGGGUGAAGGGUGUUGGAGGGAAGCAUUUGUACUUUAAACUGGAAAGUGGGGAACUUCCAAGACUCAAGGCGGCGAUCUGUAUGGUGCCGGGGACUGAGUUAGCUUCGGGCACUGAGUUAGCUUCGGGCACAGCUGCUCACCCUUCAAGUUGUAGGUGCUGCGGCUUCUCACCAGGCAGCAUGGAGGGGCUGAGCCCAGGAGCCCAUGUCUCCCAGAUGGGCCUCUCUGGGGCAGUGUGGUGCCCAAAUAAAGGGACAAGGAGCGUGUGGGCCAUGGAGGGUCUCAGCCUGUCUUCCCAACUGGUCUUCGCUCUACCCUCCCCUCAGUUCCCUCCCCUUCUCCCCCUUCAGAAUCUUCUGGGUGGCUUAGCUGAGUGGUUGACAAUAUGAAGAGGAGGGGUGCGGCUGGGGGAGCUUAGCAGGCAGAAGGGAAUCUUCUAAUGAUCUUAGGACGCUUAGCUGGCCUGGUUCUGUCCACCUUGUCAUCUGCGCCCUAUACUGCCCAUCAUGUUCAGUUGCCCGGGAGAUGGUGAAGAGCCUGGCUAAGCUAAGGAAAGGGAGGGAGAGGGCCCUAACCUAAGACUCAACCAGCAGCAGCCCAGAGGAGACAGACCCUCGCUGCCUGCCGUUCCGGGGCCAGGAUGGGGCAGCAGUUCAGCUGGGAGGAGGCGGAGGCGGCGGGCGAGAUGGACGUGGCGGAGCUCCAGGAGUGGUACAAGAAGUUCGUGGUGGAGUGCCCCAGCGGCACGCUCUUCAUGCACGAGUUCAAGCGCUUCUUCAAGGUCACGGGCAAUGAGGAGGCCACCCAGUAUGUAGAGGGCAUGUUUCGAGCCUUCGACAAGAACGGGGACAACACCAUCGACUUCCUGGAGUACGUGGCAGCCCUGAACCUGGUGCUGAGGGGCACUCUGGAGCACAAGCUGAAGUGGACCUUCAAGAUCUAUGACAAGGACCGCAACGGCUGCAUCGACCGCCCGGAGCUGCUCGACAUUGUAGAGGCGAUUUACAAGCUGAAGAAAGCCUGCAGGGGGGAGCGGGAAGCCGGGCAGCAAGGCCAGCUGCUCACGCCCGAGGAGGUGGUGGACCGGAUCUUCCUCCUGGUGGAUACAAACGGAGACGGCCAGCUGUCUCUGAAUGAGUUCAUCGAAGGUGCCCGCCGGGACCAGUGGGUGAUGAAGAUGCUGCAGAUGGACGUGAACCCCGGCGGCUGGAUCUCCCAGCAGAGGCGGAGAAGUGCCAUGUUCUGAGUCCACAGGCCCUGCCCAGAAUCCAGGCUCAGCAGGCAGCCACCAGAGAACAGAAGAGCCAGCUCCCUGUGUUUCCAGGCUGCCCGGCAUUGACCUUCACCACCCCUCCACGUCCGUGCUCAGGCCCUGGCUGGCUUCCAAGGGAUGGACAGGAUGGGUGUGAGCAAAAUGCACCCUCUCACCCCGCCCAGGGGGGCUCUGCAACCAGGGGCUUCACUCCCCUCUCCC